UUAGAUUCGAACUACCUAAUCGAAAAAAAAAAAAACAAAUCAAGAGUUGUACCUAAAGCAAAUAUGAACAAAACAAGAAAAUGAAUCGGUAUCAUUCAACGUGUUACUUCUCUUUGGUUAUUAAAGGCAGUUCUGAAAAGUAAUGGAUCAAUCGUAUAAAUCAAAAUUCAACAAAUUCAAGUGCAGUGCAAAAAUAAACAAUCCAAAGUGCAACCGUCAUAAUCUACGGGGCAUGUCAUUAAGAUUGAUAGAUAAAAUUCAUUCCAUGGGAUAUACACAUGAAAUCGACGAAUCGAUGAGUAUUUGUGAGUCAUGUCGUGGAUUGAUAAGUCACAACAGAAGCCCGAAUACGAAAAAACGCCGAUCGGAUGGAAACGACGAAACUAUGCAACCAUCAUUUAGUGGGCAGCAACAUCAUGAUGUUCCAGAACCAGAACCGUCAACGAGUGGUCAACAAAUCGAACAUGAGCCUGGUAAGUAAGCCUUCAACGUGUUAGCUUCUUUUAUAUAACUCAUUUUGCAGCUCCUUGCAAAACUACAUUUUUCAGUAUUCUUCGUAUUUAUCCAACCCGGCAAGCCUCGUUGGAUAAAUGUACUACUUGUGCGAAAAAAAAUCAUUUUUGCAACUCGUUGCAUAAAUAACUAUCAUUAACUUUCCACUGCAUUCAUUAUUAUAUUGUUAACCUUAACUUUUAUCUUACAGAUAUGGUACCAUCUAUUCCAUCAUUGGAGUCAAUUCCGUCAACAGAUCAACUACAGGGUCCCCAUAAUAUUGAGAAGUUUAAUACCAUUGCUGAAACAUUGAGUUUAUCGCCAAUCUCAUCUAGAAACAUGAGAAAUUCAACGGAUGUUGGCAAAGUGGAGGCGUAUGACGAGAUAAUUAUGCAGUUAAAGGAUAAGUUCAAUCACCCUACAACUGACAGAAGCGAACAGAUUAAAAUACUAUCUGUACUUCCUAAGUCUUGGUCGGUAAAUAAAAUCACAAGAGAGUUUAACGCACCAAUGUAUAUGGCGAGGCAGGUGAAGGAUCUUGUUUAUGAACAGGGUAUUCUUUGUACCACCGAAAAAAGAAGGGGGCAUGGUAUUGAUGACGAUACAAAACAAAUAGUAAGAGAAUUAUUUGAUGAUAAUGAUAUCAGCAGGCCAAUGCCAGGAACAAAUGAUUUUGUUUCUGAGGUUCGAAAUGGAAAAAAAAACAACAAGUUCAAAAACGACCUUUGAUGAUGUCGCUCAAAGAGGCUUAUAUGAUUUUUGUAGAUAUGUACAAAACUGUGAAUAUUGGUUUCACAGUAUUUACACAGUUGCGACCAAAGCAUUGUAUUUUACUUGAUUCUACUGGUAUACAUAAUGUAUGCAUAUGUACUAUUCAUGAAAAUGUAAAUUUAAUGUUCAACAGUAUAAGAAUUGUGUCACAAGAUGAAAUAAUACAAAAAAUGCUUUGCGAUAUUUCCACCAGAACAGAUAAUUGCUUUUUCCGUGCUUGUGAAAAGUGUGCUUGUAAUGAACACAUUGAAGAGGAACUUACAUUGAUAUUAGAAUCAAAUUACAAAGAAGAGAUUAUAUUUCAGCAGUGGUUGAAUACUGAUCGCUGUAAUUUAGAAACGAUUAUUAAACCUGUUGAUGAAUUUGUUCCGUAUCUUGUUGAUAAAAUUGACAAACUUAUAACACACGACUUUAUUCAUAAACAACAAUCAUCAUUUCUCAGAAAUAAAAAAGAUACAUUAAAGGAUGAUGAAAUUCUUGCGAUUUGUGAUUUCUCUGAAAACUAUUCAUUCAUAAUUCAAAACGCUGCUCAAGGAUAUCAUUGGAACAACUCGCAAGCAACAAUACACCCAUUUGAAAUUUACUAUAUGAAAGAUAAUAAACUUGUGAAUGUUAGCUUCAUUAUCAUAUCGGAAGUAAUGGCUCACGAUACAGUUGCGGUCCAGUUGUUCAUCUCAAAAAUGAUAGAUUUUAUGAAACAAUUAACGAACUUUUCUAAAAUUUAUUUUAUGUCUGAUGGGGCAGCAUCACAAUACAAAAAUAAGAAGAACUUUGCUAGUCUAUGUAGAAUCCAGUCAAAGCAUGCAUUAAGAGCAGAAUGGCAUUUUUUGCAACGUCCCACGGUAAAGGUCCAUGUGAUGCUAUUGGUGGCACUCUCAAGCGAAUGGCAAAGAGAGCAAGUCUUGCACGAGAUUAUGGAAAUACCAUAACAACUCCACGAGAGUUAUAUAACUGGGCAGUUGUACAGACAGAUAAAAAUAUAACUAAAUUAAAUUUCUGUUACGUAUCCACUGAACAGUACAUUAAAAUGACAGAAGAUCUCGAAGAAAUAUAUAAUAACGCCAAAACAAUACCAGGCACUCAGAAAUUCCAUAGUUUUUUGCCUAUUCCUGGCGACAAAGUAAAGGCAAACAGGUAUUCUAAUUCAGAAGAUGAACCAAAAAUAUUUAGUAUGAUCGGAAAAAAAUAGAAAAGAACAUGUUUGAAAUUGGCUCUAAGACACAUAUAUAUAUAUUUGAAAAAUUCAUAAUUAUAAAUAAUUGUAUAUUUAAAAGUGCACUUCAAUACAUAUUGCGAUCAAACAUUACAUUUCCUAAGAAAAUACAUUUGUAAUAUUUUGAAGUUUUUUAUGUAUAGGAAAACCCUUCCAAAUGAUUGAACAAAUAACACAAAAUCUCCUAGAAAAUUGAGUUUCAUUGGAUUCUGGGAUUGUUAUGGCCUUCACUGGUUUUAUUGUUGAUAACAAAAUACACUGAAAAAAAAAAUCAUUCGAACAAGAAAAAGUUUUUGUUAGAAAAACUUUUUUUCCUUAAAAGUGCCCAUCUUGUGAUGUAUGGACAAUUGGUAGGGAACAUAAUUACCUGUCUUGAGACAAAAUUUCAUCAAAAUCAAAAAUGGUGUUUUUUUAAAUCAACUUUGAAUUUUUAGAAAUGAUUUUUUUCAGUGUAGGGCUCAUUUUGGAUUUUUUUCAGUAUUUUUUUCUUAAAAUUUGACUUAUUUUGUGAUAAU